AUGCUUCCUCCAGAGGUGAUGGGAGCGAUUGUGACCUUCGCUUGCCUGGAUGCCUGGCACCCGGCUAGUUUGGAGGAGUUCGUUUGUGCUCCCUUCAGCGAAGAGUUAGAACGGUUGGCGAUGGCUCUCAUGGAGGCCAUCUUCAACGACGGCGCAUCGUAUGACGCUGUUUUGCUGUUAGUAUAUAAUAAGUAG